AUGUUAGUAUUAUCCCCGAUGAAUUCUCAUCUUAAUUUAAACGCUGUUGUUACUGACGGCGAUAAUAGCAGUCUUGAUGAAGACAAUGAAGACGAAGAGGCAGAGGAAGAAGUCAAUAAAUAUCAUUUUCGUAAACUUAAUACUGACAAUAUAAACAAUGAUUAUGUGUACAAUAUGAAUUGUGAGCCUUCUGUUCCACAUCAUACUCGUCAGAGGCAUCACCAAAUCUUAACCAAACGACCAAGAUUAUCGACAAUAACUUCUGAACAAGAAAGUUUUCAUAAUCAAAUAAACACUACAAAUAAUAAUAAUACAAAUCAACAUCACAUGAAUUGUUCUCAACUACAUCAAAGGGAUUUAAUAAUCACAUCAACUAGUAUGUCACUUGGAUAUACCACCAAUGCUGUUAUUACUAAUAGUAAUGAAAAUAAUAAUGGAGAUGAUCCUUAUACAACAUUUCGUUCAUUGUUAUUACAAUCUGACUAUAACACUAAUGAUAAUAGUUCACCAGAGAAAGAAAAUCGAACGUCAAUUUUGACAUUGAAAAGUAGAUUGAAUCAUUAUGUCAGUGAUGAUGAUGAUGAUGUUGAUGAUGAUGUUCCUGAUAAUGAACAUGUUGAGAAUAUGUCUACAUCUGAAUCGAAUUUGAUUCUUCAUGAGGCUCAUAAUAUCGAUCGUUUCCCAUCAUUAUUAAAACAUAAUUCUCAUAUAGAUUAUCAUCAAGUUUUAAAUGAUGAAAGUGUUAGUACUAGAAAUGAUGAACUACAUGAAUAUAAAGUGCACCUUGUGGAAAUUUUCAUUUGUAAUGUGAUCAAAUUCAAUGCCUCAGCCAUCAUCAAUGGCUUCUACAGAUCAAACGAAUUUCAUGACUGUAAACAACACAAAUGGAUCUUAUGCUAA